AUGACGAGGAUGUGGUCGCUUAUUAUUUUCACUGGGCUGGCAGCAUUAACGUUAGCUUCAAAUGAUGCCAAAGCCCAUCGCAUCAAACGACAAAUGUACGGAAACUAUGGUUAUUCAAAUACUGGGUAUGGUAACGGUAAUAUUGGGUAUGCAAAUGCUGGCUAUGGUAACAAUGUGCUAAACAAUCCAUCUUUAAUGGAGUAUUACCACAGAUUGUGGGAUCAAAUGCAUGAUCCUGCUAUUGGAGCUCCACCGCCAAUGGAUCCGUUUGGUCCACCACCUCCUAUGGAUCCUUUCGCACCUCCACCACCUGGCAUGGAUCCCUUCGCUCCUCCACCACCAGAUCCAGCAUUCGAUGAAUGGGCACACAGAAUGGGCUGGAUUGCUGAUCCUGCACCACCUCCUGAUCCAGCAAUGGACGAUUAUAUGCAUCGACUAGCGUGGGAGCAUUUAGCCUUCGACCCUACGGUUGAAUCGGAACUGUUCCAUGGAUUUGGUUUCACUCCAAAUGGAUGGCUGUAUGAACAUUAUUUACCAGAGGGUUAUGUACUUAGUAAUUAUGGGUAA